UUGGUAAUGUAAAAUGUGAAGAAGUCGCAAUGUCAGAUAGUUCACAACCUAAAGAAACCACCGCCGCCCCACCUAAAGAAACCACUGCCGCCCCCUUAUCAGUGCUUUAUGUGAAACGUAAGCGUGAUGAACCCAGCAAUCCUUCACUUUUUGUUCAGUUCGAUACAAAACGUCAGAAAGUUUUCAAUGAAUUCAAAUUCGUGACGUCAACUCCGACGGAACCUAAGAGACUUGACAGAGACGAACUUCACAAGAAAUACAAGCAUGAGAACACUGUAUCAGAUAUCAAGGAAAAAUGUCGUCGUGACCAGAACACUGCACGUAAAAACAACAAAUAUAAUCUGAUCUCUUCGCUAAGGACCGACGACGGUGCCCUGUUCUCAGCAGAGGUUCAGGAUCCAAACGAAGAUGAUAUUAUUUGUAAUGCCGAGAAAAUGUUAUCCGAAAAACUCAGCCUUAACGAGGCGCCACCUUCGUUUGUUAGCAAUGGAACUGAGGAGUGGGUAUAUGAUGUUUACCUUUGUGAGAAUGUCUGCCAAGGUGAUAUUGACGCUAUACAUUCUGAACAAUUAGAAGAACUCGACUUUGAGCCCGCAGAAAAACAGAAGUUUAUCAAUGAAUACGAUGAGGACUCAAAUGAUGAGAACUUUUACGGGAACGACUAUCCUGAUGAAGAAGCAUCCUCGUCAGGGGACUCCGAGAAAGAUUCUGAUGAUUCUGAGAGAGUUGUAAGUAAGAUGAGGUGUUCUAACGAGUUCUUUGAUUCAGAAUAUCAUGGUGUUAAUAAAUCUCAUUAUCUUGACAAGUAUUUGUGCAGUGAUACUGAUUCAGAUUAGUGCUGUUGUUUUUACCUGUUUACCUAUAUUUUAUCUUUUUAACUAUUUUGUGGCUUGCUUUGUAUUUGUUAAAAUUUUUGGAAUUUUAAAGUCAUAUAAUUUUGCUAUUUAA